UUUCUCCUCUCAGUGAUGGGGACCAGCUCCAGACCCAAAGCUCCGGCUCAGAGGAAGAAGAAGCAGAAAGAGAAGCCGCCCGCUCCGCCUCAGGCAGAACCUGCAGUCGUCAGACAGRAAGUUCCGAGUUCUGCAGCGAGGAAGAGGAGGAGGAAGAGGGGGCCUCUUAAAGCCGAGACCCACACCCCGAGUCCAGAGGAGGCCCAGAAGAGGAUGGAGGAGGUCCAGGAGCGGUCCAGGAGGAGGCCUCUGGUCCGGGCGGCGUCAGAGGACAGCACCGCAGACCUGGGUUCUGUGGGCUUGUCUCCGUCUCCGGGGGACACGCUUCCCUGGAACCUGCCCAAACAUCACCGCCUCAAACGCUCCAAGUCGGCCUCGGAGAACGUUCUGGACCCAGCAGACCGGGCCGUGAUCCGCAUCGCAGCCGAGGGAGAAAGGCCGGAUGCGUUUCCACAAGCUGCAGAACGUUCAGAUCGCUCUGGACUUCCUGAAACACCGACAGGUCAAACUGGUGAACAUCAGGAACGAUGACAUCGCAGAUGGAAACCCCAAACUGACCCUGGGUCUGAUCUGGACCAUCAUCCUGCACUUCCAGGGUGCGGUCCAGGUGGGUCAGGUGAAGGUUCCUCCAGGGUACCAUCCUCUGGACGUGGAGAAGGAGUGGGGCCGUCUGCACGUGGCCAUCCUGGAGCGGGAGCGUCUCCUCAGGACAGAGUUUGAGCGACUGGAGCGGCUCCAGAGGAUCGUCAGUAAGGUCCAGAUGGAGUCGGGUGUUUGUGAGGAGCAGCUGAACCAGGUGGAGACUCUGCUGCAGACGGGUGUGAGGAUGAUGGGUUCUGGGAGGCCGGCUCAGAACACAGCAGAGGUGGAGGCUGAUCUGGAGAAAGCAGAAGAGAUGAUCCGCUUCCUGUUCAACGACGUCCAGCUGCUGAAAGACGGGCGCCACCUGCAGGCGGAACAGAUGUACCGCAGAGUGUAUCGUCUCCACGAGAGGCUCGUCAACCUCCGCAGCGAGUACAACCUGCGCCUCAAGUCCGGCGUGACCGUCACACAGAUCCCCAUGACCCAGAUCCCCAUGAGCCAGAUCCCCAUGAGCCAGGUCCCCGUGACCCAGGUCRUGCAGCAGAGCUCGUCCAGAGCCCGGCCCGAGCUGGACGAGGUCACACUGCGCUACGUGCACGACCUGCUGGGCUGGGUGGAGGAGAACCAGCGGCGGGUGGACGAGGGCGAGUGGGGCUCUGACCUGCCCAACGUGGAGUCCCAGCUGGGCAGCCACCGAGGCCUGCACCAAUCCGUGGAGGAGUUCCGCUCCAAGAUCGAGAGGGCCAAGGCCGACGAGACUCAGAUCUCUCCGGCCAGUAAAGCUGCGUACCGAGACUACCUGGGCAGRCUGGAGCUGCAGUACGGGAAGCUGCUGAACGCCUCGAAGGCCCGGCUGCGCUCCCUGGUGGAGCUCCACGCCUUCGUCAGCGCCGCCACCAAAGAGCUGAUGUGGCUGAACGAGAAGGAGGAGGAGGAGGUCAACUACGACUGGAGCGAGCGCAACACCAACAUGGCCUCCAAGAAAGAAAGCUACUCGGGUCUGAUGAGGGAGCUGGAGCUCCGAGAGAAGAAGGUCAACACGGUUCAGACCACCGGAGACAAGCUGCUGAGAGACGGACAUCCUGCCAGGCAGACCAUCGAGUCCUUCACAGCUGCCCUGCAGACUCAGUGGAGCUGGAUCCUUCAGCUCUGCUGCUGCAUCGAAACCCACCUGAAGGAGAACACGGCCCACUUCCAGUUUUUCUCUGACGUGAAGGAGGCAGAGGAGAGGAUGAAGAAGAUGCAGGAYGUGAUGAAGAGGAAGUACACGUGUGACCGUUCUGUGACAGUGACCCGUCUGGAGGACCUGCUGCAGGACGCCGCUGAGGAGAAAGAGCAGCUGGCUGAGUUUAAAACUCACCUGGAGGGUCUGAAGCGAAGAGCUAAAACCAUCAUCCAGCUGAAACCACGAAACCCUGCGAGUCCCAUCAAAGGCAAACAGCCCAUCCAGGCCGUGUGUGACUUCAAACAGAUGGAGAUCACAGUCCACAGAGGGGACGAGUGUGCUCUGCUCAACAACUCGCAGCCUUUUAAGUGGAGGGUUCUGAACGAUAAAGGCAACGAGGCGUUGGUUCCGUCCAUCUGCUUCCUGGUUCCGCCCACAAAUAAGGACGCAGUGAACAGCGUCGCCGGGCUGGACGGGUACCUGCAGCGGCUGCAGAACAUGUGGCAGAACAUGUUUGUGGACCUGAAGAGCCUCCUGUCCUGGCAGUACCUGAUGAGAGACGUCCACAUCAUCAACUCCUGGAAUGUCACCAUGUUUAAGACUCUGAGGGUGGACGAGUACCGGCUGGCCCUCAGGAACCUGGAGCAGCACUACCAAGACUUCCUGAGGGACAGUCAGGACUCUCAGACGUUCGGGGCCGAGGACCGGAUGCAGGUGGAGUCCAACUACAACCGAGCCAACCAGCAGUACCAGACGAUGGUCAGCUCUGCAGAACAAGGCUUCGAGCCGCCCAGAUCAGGCUGAAAACCAUCGACGUGGUGAUCAGAAACACUAAAGAGGCUGAAGAGCGUCUGAAGAGCUACGAGACUCGUCUGCGGGACGUCAGUAAGGUUCCUGCUGAUGAGGAGGAGGUGGAGGAGCAGCGCUCUCAGCUGAAGUCGAUGCGAGCCGAAGCAGAGGCGGACCAGGCCACCUUUGACCGGCUGCAGGACGAGCUGCGGAGGGCGACCGCCGUCAGCGACAAGAUGGCGAGGAUCCACAGGGAGCGCGACGCCGAGCUGGACCACUACCAGCAGCUGGUGGGCGGGCUCGUGGAGCGCUGGCAGGCCGUGUUGGCUCAGAUGGACCUCAGGCUGCGGGAGCUGGAGCUGCUCAGCAGGAAGAUGAGGACCUACCAGGAGAACUACUCGUGGCUCAUCCGCUGGCUGGACGAGGCCCGGCAGAGGCAGGACAGGAUCCAGGCUGUCCCCAUCGGAGACGGGAAGGCUCUGCGGGACCAGCUGGCAGAGGAGAAGAAACUUCUGGAGGAAAUYGAGAAAAACAAGAAGGAAGUKGAGAGCUGCCAGAAAAACGCCAAAGCUUACAUCGAUUCUGUCAAGGACUACGAGCUCCUGAUCCUGACCUACAAAGCUCUGCAGGACCCCCUCGCCUCCCCCCUGAAGAAACCCCGCAUGGAGAGUGCCUCUGAUAACAUCAUCCAGGAGUACGUGACUCUGAGGACGCGCUACAGCGAGCUGAUGACCCUCAGCUCUCAGUACAUCAAGUUCAUCACUGAAGCACAGCGCCGCCUGGAGGACGAGGAGAAAGCUUCAGAGAAGCUGAAGGAAGAGGAGAGGAGGAGGCUGGCUGAGGUCCAGGCUGAGUUAGACCAGCAGAAGCAGCUGGCUGAAGCUCAGGCCCAGGCUGUGGCCAAAGUCCAACAAGAAGCUCUGCAGCUGAAGCUGAAGAUGAAGGAGGAGGCCAACAGGAGGCAGGACGUGGCCGCCGACUCCGAGAAGCAGAAACAGAACAUCCAACAGGAGCUGCAGCAUCUGAGGAGUCUGUCUGAGCAGGAGAUCACCUCCAAGAGCCAGCAGCUGGAGGAGGCGCUGCUCAGCAGGACCAAGAUCGAGGAGGAGAUCCACAUCAUCCGCCUGCAGCUGGAGACCACCGUCAAGCAGAAAGCCACGGCCGAAGGAGAGCUCCAGAAGCUCCGAGACCGGGCCUCCGAGGCCGAGAAGCUCCGGAAGGCUGCUCAGGACGAGGCCGAAAGGCUCCGCAAACAGGUGUCCGAGGAGGCACAGAGGAAGAGGAGCGCCGAGGACGAGCUGAAGCGUAAAUCUGACGCUGAGAAGGAGGCCGCCAGGCAGAAGCAGAAAGCCCUGGACGAGCUGCAGAAGUUCAAGAUGCAAGCUGAAGAAGCGGAGCGGCGCAUGAAGCAGGCCGAGGAGGAGAAGCUGAGGCAGAUCAGGGUGGUGGAGGAGGUGGCCCAGCAGACCGCCGCCUCCCAGCUGCAGAGCACAGCCUCCAUGUUCACAGAGAAGACCAGCGAGCUGGAGGAGUCCCUGAGGAGGCAACAAGGAGCCGUCCUGCAGCUGCAGGARGAGGCCGAGCACCUCCGCAGGCAGCAGGAGGAGGCGCACAGAGCCAGGCAGCAGGCAGAGCAGGAGCUGGAAACAUGGAGGCAGAAGGCCAACGAGGCGCUGCGCCUCCGGCUGCAGGCGGAGGAGGAGGCUCAGAGGAGGACYCAGGCUCAGGAGGACGCGGAGCGGCAGAAGCUGGAGGCAGAGCGAGAGGCUCAGAGCCGGGCCAAGGCUGCGGAGGCCGCGCUGCAGCAGAGGGACCACGCAGACACGCAGCUGCAGCAGCAGAGGCAGCUGGCAGAAGGCAUCGCUCAGCAGAAGCUGUCCGCAGAGCAGGACUGCAUCCGCCUGAAGGCCCGCUCCGAGCACGCCGAGCAGCAGAGGAGCCUGCUGGAGAGCGAGCUGCAGCGCCUGAAGAACGAGGCGGCGGCGGCCGAGGAGCAGAGGAGGCAGCUGGAGGAGGAGCUGACCAGGCUGCGAGGCGAGAUGGACGCUCUGCUGCAGGUGAAGCUCCAAACCGAGAAGGAGACGCUGUCGAAAACAGAGAAGAGUAAGCAGCUGCUGGAGGCCGAGGCGCUGAAGAUGAAGCAGCUGGCGGACGAAGCUGCUCGCCUCCGAUCUGUGGCCGAGGAGGCCAAGAAGCUUCGGCAGGAGGCGCAGGCCGAGGCGGCGCAGCAACGAGCCGAGGCCGAGCGGAUCCUGAAGGAGAAGCUGGCUGCCAUCGACGAGGCCACGCGAGUCAAAACCCAGGCGGAGAUCGCCCUGAAGGCUACAGAGGCCGAGAACGAGCGGCUGAAGAGGAGGGCGGAGGAGGAGGCCUAUCAGAGGAAGCUCCUGGAGGAGCAGGCUGCUCAGCACAAACAGGAGAUCACUGAGAAGGUCACCCAGCUGACGAGCUCCUCCCACUCAGAGCUGGAGAGGCAGAGGAGCAUCGUGGAGGACACGCUGAGGCAGAGGAGGCUGGUGGAGGAGGAGAUCCACAUCAUCAGGAUCAACUUUGAGAAAGCCUCCAAGGAGAAAACGGAGCUGGAGCUGGAGCUGACGAAGCUGAAGGAGCUCGCAGACGAGACGCAGAGGAGYAAACUGAAGGCUGAGGAGGAGGCCGAGAAGCUGAAGAAGCUGGCUGCAGAGGAGGAGAAGAAGAGGAGGGAGGCCGAGGAGAAGCUGAAGAGGAUGGCAGCAGCCGAGGAGGAGGCGGCUCGGCAGCAGAGAGCUGCUCAGGAGGAGGUGCAGCGCCUCAAACAGAGAGCUGAGGAGGCCAACAAGCAGAGGGCGCAGGCGGAGGAGCAGGUGGAGCGGCAGGUGCUCCUGGCCCAGCAGGCCGUGCAGAAAUGCAGCGCUGCAGAGCAGAGAGCUCAGAACGUCCUCAGCAAGAACCAGGAGGACGCCUCUGCUCAGGAGAAGAUGAAGGAGGAGUUUGAACAUGCCAAGCUGCUGGCUGAGACUGCAGAGGAGGCCAGGAGCAGGGCAGAGCAGGAGGCCGCCUCGCUCCGUCACAAAGCAGAGGAGGCGCAGAAACAGAAAGCAGCUGCAGAGGAGGAGGCAGCGAGGCAGGCCCGAGCUCUGAGCCACGCAGAGAAGCUGAGGAAGGAGGCAGAGGAGGAGGCCGCCCGCGGAGCUGCAGCCGAGCAGGAGGCGCUGAAGCUGAAGCAGCAGGCCGACGCAGACAUGGCCAAACACAAGGAGCAGGCAGAGGAGGCGCUGAAGCAGAGGUGUCAGGUGGAGCAGGAGCUGAAGCUCAUCAAGCUGCAGCUGGAGCAAAGCGACGAGCAGAAGGACGUCCUGAACGCUGAGCUGCACAGGCUCAAACAGGAAGCUGACGACGCCGUCAGGCAGAGGGCGCUGGUGGAGGAGGAGCUGGCAGGAGUCCGGGCCCARAUGGACCAGCUCCUCCAGAUCAAACUGAAGAUCGAGGAGGAGAACCGGCUCCUCAUGCAGAAGGACAAAGAUGGCACGCAGAAGCUGCUGCAGGAAGAGGCCGACAAGAUGAAGAACCUGGCGGCAGAAGCUGCUCGGCUCUCCGUGGAGGCUGAGGAGGCGGCGAGGCAGAGGCAGAGCGCCGAGGAGGAGCUGAGCCGGCAGCGAGCGCUGGCUGAGAACAUGCUGAAGGAGAAGAUGCAGGCCAUCCAGGAGGCCUCCAAGCUGAAGGCUGAAGCUGAGGAGCUGCAGAAACUCAAGGAGCAGGCUCAGCAGAAGGCCCAGCAGCUGCAGGAGGACAAACAGCAGAUCCAGCAGCGUCUCCAGAAGGAGACGGAGGACUUCCACAAGUCUCUGGACGCAGAGAAGAAGAGGCAGCAGCAGGUUGCAGCUGAGGCCGAGAAGCUGAAGCUCAGGGUGAAAGAGCUGAGCGAYGCUCAGGCCAAGGCUGAGGAGGAGGUCCAGAAGUUCAGGAAACAAGCUGACGAAGCUAAAACUCGUCUGCAGGACUCUGAGGAACAAGUGAGGCAGAGCGCGCUGCAGAAACUGGAGACUCAGAGGCUGCAGAGCAGCAGAGAGGCUGAUGAGUUGAAGAAAUCCAUCUGUGAGCUGGAGACAGAGAGAGAGAAGCUGAAGAAAGAAGCAGAGGAGCUUCAGAAAAACACCCAGCAGAUGGCCAGUGCCCAGCAGGAGCAGAUCGAGCAGCAGAAGGUCAUCCUGCAGCAGUCGUUCCUCACUGAGAAGGAGCUGUUGCUGAAAAGAGAAAAGGCUGUGGAAGAUGAGAAGAAGAAGCUGGAGAAGCAGUUCAAGGAGGAAGUGAAGAAGGCYAAAGCUCUUGAAGAUGAACAGGAGCGUCAGCGCGCUCUGAUGGAGGAGGAGAGGAAGAAGCUGCAGGCCAUCCUGGAGGAGGCUGUGAGGAAACAGAGGGAGGCCGAGGCGGAGGUGAAGAACAAGCAGAAGGAAAUGGAAGCUCUGGAGAAGAAGAAACCCGAACAGGAAAAACUCCUGGAAGAGGAGAACAAGAAGCUCAGGGAGAAACUGCAGACUCUCCAAGGUGCUCCUAAAGAAGGCGUGUCCAAAACGAAGGAGAUGGAAGUUCAAACAGAGAAGGUUCCUGAAGAGCAGCUGGUUAGCAUGGCAGCGGCGGGGACAACCAAGAAAGCGUUUAACGGCUCUGUGGAGGUGGACGCAUCGAAGAAGGAUGGAGAAGCUCGGUUAGCGUUCGAUGGAAUCAGAGAGAAAGUUCCUGCUGGAAGGCUUCACGACAUCGGAGUCCUGAGCAAGAAGGACAUGGACAAACUGAAGAAGGGCAAAGUCUCAGUCCAAGACCUGGAAAAGACCGACAAGGUCAGGUCGUGUCUCAAGGGCCAGAGCUGUGUGGGCGGGAUCUUAACUCCAUCCAGAGAGAAGAUGAGCAUUUAUCAGGCCAUGACGGAGAACAAGAUCACUCCCAGCUCUGCAGCCAUGCUCCUGGAGGCUCAGGCAGCCUCCGGCUUCAUCGUUGAUCCAAUAAACAACAAGCUUCUCUCUGUGGAUGAAGCUGUCAAGGAAGAACUAAUUGGUCCAGAGCUUCAUGACAAGAUGCUGUCUGCUGAACGAGCAGUCACUGGAUUUAAAGAUCCAUACACUGGAGCUAAAAUCUCCCUGUUCGAGGCCAUGAAGAAGGGUCUUAUUGACAAAGAACAAGCCACCAAGUUCCUGGAUGUACAGCUGGCGACCGGGGGCAUCGUUGACCCCAUCAACAGUCACAGGGUGCCCCUGCAGACUGCCUACAAGCAGGGUCAGUUUGAUGCAGACAUGAACAAGAAACUCAUCGAUCCCAGUGAUGACUGCAAGUCAUUCCUGGACCCCAGCACUCAGGAGCAACUCACCUACAAACAGUUAGUGGAGAAAUGCAGCAAAGAUCCAGAGAGCGGUCUGCUGAUGUUACCAGUGUCAGAGCAAGCUGCUCAGGGUGAGAGGACCUACACCGACGAAGAGACCAAAGAGUUGUUCAGUACAUCACACCUCCACGUCCCGUUUGGAAAGUUCAAAGGAAAAACCGUCACUAUUUGGGAGGUCAUAAACUCCGAGUAUUUUACUGAGGACCAGAGAAGAGAACUGAUCCGUCAGUACAAGUCUGGCAAGAUCACCGUGGAGAAGAUCAUCAAAAUUGUCAUCACUGUUGUGGAAGAUAAAGACAAGGACAGUGGAAGUGUGUUCAGUGGUUUGAGGGCUCCGGUCUCUGCCAGUGAACUGUUGGAGUCUAAGAUUAUAAACAAGGAUCUGUUCAACAAACUAAGUAACGGUAAGAUCUCGGUUCAAGAGGUUUCUGCCAUGGACCUGGUGAAGAAGGCUUUACAAGGAACACCCAGCAUUGCUGGACUGUUGAAUGAACCAACCAAGGAGAAAGUGCCUUUCUAUCAAGCCAUGAAAAAGGACCUGCUCUCUCCAGAGACAGCUGUGAAUCUCCUUGAAGCUCAAGCAGCGACAGGGUUUAUGAUCGAUCCAGUGAAAAAUGAGAGGAUGCCUGUUGAUGAAGCCGUUAAAGCGGGUCUCGUUGGUCCAGAGCUGCACGAACGCCUCCUGUCAGCAGAGAGAGCUGUCAGCGGCUUCAAAGAUCCGUACACCGGCAAAACUGUGUCUGUUUUUGAAGCCAUGGGCAAAGGCCUUGUAAAGAAAGAUCAGGGCAUCCGUCUGCUACAAGCACAACUUUCAACAGGUGGAGUUGUUGAUCCGAUUAAAAGCUACCGAGUCCCACAUGAGGUCGCCUGCAAGCGUGGAUAUUUUGAUGAAGAAACUGGUAAAACCUUGAACCAAAAYACAGAUGAGAUUAAAGUAUUUUAUGAUCCCAACUCACAGGAGGAUGCAACUUACUCACAGCUCAUGAAUAAAUGUGUCACAGACAAAGAAACUGGACUUCCACUGCUUCCCCUCUCAAAGAAGGCAAAAGAAGACAAACAGAUCACGGAGGUCAAAACAAAAGAAGCCCUGAGUGAAGCAACCAUGGAAAUGGAGCACGGCCCAUUCAAAGGGAGAAAAGUCCCAAUUUGGGAGAUCAUAAACUCUGAAUACAUCACAGAGGAACAAAGAAUAGAGCUGAUCCGUCAGUACCGGAUGGGACUGGUAACAAUUGAGAAGCUGAUAAAGAUUGUAAUAACGACAGUUGUUGAAAAGGAGGAUAAAACAAAGACAGAACCUUGUUUUGAAGGCCUCCGAGCACCGGUCCCUGCCAGCUCGCUGCUUGAUUCCGGCAUCAUUGACAAGGCUACAUUCGAGCAAGUCAUGCAGAAUAAAAAGACGCCCAAAGAAGUCGGUCAAACUGAUAAAGUCAGGAAGUACCUGCAAGGCACAGACUGCAUCGAUGGCAUCACCAUGGCAGAUAAAGAUGAAAAGUUCAGCAUUUAUCAGGCAAUGAAAAAGCACCUUCUGCAAUAUAACACUGGACUGGCUCUUCUUGAGGCUCAAGCUGGGACUGGAGGUAUAACAGAUCCAGUUAAAAACCUGAAGUACUCUGUGGAYGAUGCUGUGAAGGUUGGAGUUGUUGGCCCAGAGCUUCACGAAAGGCUUCUUUCAGCAGAAAAAGCCGCGACUGGAUACAAGGAUCCAUACACAGGCAAUAAAAUAUCUCUUUUCCAAGCCAUGAAGAAGGAGCUUGUGCUGAGGGAGCACGCUAUUCCUAUUUUAGAAGCUCAGUUUGCAACAGGAGGCAUCGUUGAUCCAGUCAGUAGCCAUCGUGUUCCCAACGAUGUGGCCAUUCAGCGUGGCUGUUUCAGUAAAGAAAUGUUAAAGUCUUUCAAUGAACCAACAGGCGAUGUUAAAGGCUUCACCGACCCCAACACCAACAAAAGUGUGACUUAUCGCCAGCUCCUGGAGAAAUGCACUAGAGACCCCACCUCAGGYCUGUGCUACCUGAGUCUAUCGAAGACUGAAGCUCCUGCACCGGCUGAGAAAUCCUACGAGUAUACGGAGGAGCAAGCCAAAACAGACCUAGCUAAUACUCAAAUCGAGAUCCCACACAAGAGCUUUGAAGGAAAGGCUUUGACUAUCUGGGAGGUGAUGAACUCAAACAUGCUUCCAGAAGAAGAGAGGCGCCGCCUCAUGGAACAGUACCGCAUGGGUCAAAUCACAAAGGAGAGAAUGAUAAUCAUCAUUAUUGAAAUCAUCGAACAACGAGAGACUCUCAUUUCUGAGCAGGGCCUGUCGUGUGAUGUGAUUAGACGCAGAAUUACGAUCGAGGAGCUGUACAGUGCUCGAAUCAUUGAUUUGAACACAUACAAUCUCCUGAAGCAAGAAAAGAUGAGCAUUCGUGAGGUGAUGGAAAUGCCGUCAGUGAAGCAGUACCUCUUUGGUACUGGAUGCAUUGCUGGGAUUAUGUCCGACAGUCCUCCCAGGAUCAGCAUUUACCAGGCCAUGAAGAACGGACAGAUUAAGCCUGAAGUYGCUCUGAAACUUCUCGAAGCCCAAGCAGCUACAGGAUUCAUGAUUGACCCAGUGAGAGAUCAGCUUCUAACAGUUGAUGAAGCUGUACGUAAAGGUCUUGUUGGCCCUGAACUCCAUGACAAACUUCUCUCAGCUGAGCGAGCAGUGACCGGUUACAAGGAUCCAUACAGUGGAAAGGUCAUUUCCCUCUUCCAAGCAAUGAAAAAAGACCUGAUUCCUGAAGAUUACGCCUUACGGCUACUGGAGGCCCAGAAUGCCACCGGAGGACUGAUGGAUCCUGAAUACUACUUCCAUCUGCCUGUAGAUGUCGCCAUGCAGAGAGGAUACAUCAAUAAGGAGACACUUGACAGAAUAACUGAACCUACUUUAGACGUGCGAGGUUACAUUGAUCCAACAACUGAUGAAAACCAGUCCUAUGCACAACUACUGAAAAGAUGCAGAGCUGACAAAGAAAGUGGUUUGAAGUUGCUUUCACUGGCAGACAGAAGACUUCUCUUUAAGGGUCUCAGAAAACAAAUCACCAUAGAUGAACUGCUCCGCUCUCAGAUUAUCGACCAAAAGACCUACAACGAGCUCACCGAGGGUGUUGUUACAGUAGAGGAGGUCAGCAGAAACGUCAAGAAGUACCUCGAGGGCACCAGCUGCAUCGCUGGUGUGUACGUAGAAUCCAGCAAAGACCGUCUGUCAAUUUACCAAGCAAUGAAGAAGAACAUGAUCAGACCAGGAACUGCCUUUGAGCUUCUUGAGGCUCAAGCAGCUACAGGGUAUGUGAUCGAUCCCAUCAAGAACCUGAAACUGAACGUCAUCGAAGCUGUUAAAAUGGCUGUUGUUGGCCAAGAGUUUAAGGACAAACUCCUCUCAGCUGAACGAGCUGUCACAGGCUACAAGGACCCUUAUUCUGGCAAGGUCAUCUCUCUUUUCCAGGCUAUGAAGAAAGGACUGAUUCUCAAAGACCACGGUAUCCGUCUGCUGGAGGCUCAAAUUGCCACGGGGGGAAUCAUUGAUCCAGAAGAGAGUCACCGUUUGCCUGUUGAAACGGCGUAUGAACGUGGCCUUUUUGAUGAGGAAAUGAACGAGAUUCUCACUGACCCCUCCGAUGACACAAAAGGUUUCUUUGACCCCAACACWGAGGAAAAUCUGACCUACCUGCAGCUGAUGGAGAGAUGCAUGACGGACCCAGAGACCGGCCUUCGCCUCCUGCUGCUGAAAGAAAAGAAACGAGAGAGGAAGACGUCCUCCAAGUCUUCAGUUCGCAAACGACGGGUCGUCAUCGUGGACCCAGAGUCUGGCAAAGAGAUGUCGGUUUAUGAAGCGUAUCAGAAGGGUCUGAUUGACCACCAGACCUAUCUGGAGCUGGCAGAGCAGGAGUGUGAAUGGGAGGAGAUCACAAUCACAUCAUCUGAUGGAGUCGUGAAGUCCAUGAUCAUUGACAGGAGGUCAGGCCGGCAGUACGAUAUUGAUGAUGCAAUCUCCAGAGGCCUGAUUGAUAAGUCAGCACUGGAUCAGUACMGAUCUGGAACCUUAUCCAUUACGGAGUUUGCUGAUAUGCUGUCUGGAAACAUGAGCGGUAACAGAUCCCGUUCUUCCUCCUUCGGCUCCUCUUCCUCCUACCAGUCGUCCUCCUACCCCAUGAGCCCAGUACCUACUAUCAAAACACCAGCAACAACCUGGAAUGACCCAACAGAGGAAACUGGACCUGUGGCUGGAAUCUUAGACACAGAGACACUGGAGAAGGUUUCAGUCACUGAGGCCAUUCAUAGAAAUCUUGUGGACAAUAUAACGGGUCAAAGAUUGCUGGAAGCCCAGGCCUGCACUGGAGGCAUCAUCGACCCAAACACCGGGGAGAAGUUCUCUGUUGCCGAUGCUCUGAACAAAGGACUUGUGGAUAAAAUCAUGGUAGACCGCAUCAAUUUAGCCCAGAAGGCGUACAAUGGAUUUGAAGAUCCCAGAACUAAAACCAAAAUGUCUGCAGCCCAAGCUCUGAAGAAAGGAUGGCUUUAUUACGAAGCUGGGCAGCGAUUCCUUGAGGUCCAGUAUCUCACCGGUGGCUUGAUUGAACCCGACUCUACCAGCAGAGUCUCUAUAGAUGAGGCCGUGAAGAAGGGCACCUUAGAUGCACGCACGGCCCAGAAGUUACGAGACGUUAGCGCUUAUUCAAAGUACCUCACCUGUCCGAAAACUAAACUCAAGAUCUCCUACAAAGAUGCCAUGGAAAGGAGCAUGACAGAGGAGGGAACCGGUCUGAGACUACUUGAAGCAUCCUCUCAGUCCAGUAAAGGUCUUUACAGUCCCUACAGCAUCAGCGGUUCUGGCUCUGCAACCGGGUCACGCUCCGGAUCAAGGACUGGUUCCAGAUCUGGCUCCAGGAGGGGCAGCUUUGAUGCCACAGGGUCGAGCCUCACUACAACCACCUUCUCGUCUUCCUCCUACAGUUCUUCCUCCUACGGUUCUCCGAGCUACAGCCGGAGGUACUGAAGGUCGACGUGCUUUAAAACGCUCACCAGAUGCCUCAAUCUCUGUGGAAUAAAGACCAUCUGUAUGCUGUUCUGCACGAGGUUGUUACAACACUUUAAACAUUUAAUUUUUUUACAAUUGUAAUCCAUUUGCUGUUUGUGUAUUUUAUCCUUUAAGGCCCGUGUAUGUGGCCUCCUCAGAUUCACGGUCAUUCUGUAAGCAGUUUGUUCCAUGAAUCUAAAACAUCUUCUUCUGCUUGACUCUUCGAUUGUUAAACUUUAGGAAAAGCAUUUAGUCUUCCACUAACACACAUCCGUUUCCCUAAAAUACUGUGUUGGACUGAUAGAGAACCAAAUUGGAUGUACAAACUUAAACUUCUGUACAUGUGUAUAUUUCUGAUUUAUUAGUAUAAGUAGUUCUCUGCAGAGCAGAAUAUGGAGUCAAAUGAAGAGAAAUAAUGAGAAUCUGCUGAAUGAAUGCAAAGCUUCAAGAUCUUUCCUCGGCUGGGACACAUCUGUAAACACAACGAAGCAGCUCCAUCUCCAAAAAAUCCAUCACAAAUCAGGAACAAAGCCCGCUGAGAGGAACUUAGAGAUGAUUGAGAAUAAAACCUGCAUCUGACAGAUCUGGAUUUGGAAGACCACCAUGUUAACCCCUGCUUGUUCCAGACACGUUGACAGGUUUUUGCUCAGACAUCUGCAGUUCGUGGGUUUUAAUCUGACUCGGACCACCACUGGGAUCACUGAAUCACAGUCCUCUCUGCUCCAGGCGUGGGCCGGUAUCAUGUUAGCUUGUUGCAAACAUAGGUAGGAAAUAAAAAUACGCUCUGGCUUUAUCUGGCUUUAGACAUUUAAACCAUUAGAACAUAUAAACAUUAACACGUGACGUUUUAACUCUGUGGUGUGUUGAAAACAGGAACCGGCCCAUGGCUGAGCUGCUUGGUUUGUUUUUAACCCAUGACGCAUGACUUAAACAUUAGCCUUAAAGUUUUAUCAAGAAAACCUUUUUACUGUCAGACGACAAAUGAACACCGUCCAUUGUUCCUUAUAUGUACUGUACUGAUCAUUAACUCUGUUUCUGUUGGUAAAAAUCAUGACUGAACGUUUGUGAGAAGAAUCUUUAAGCUUUGCUCCACCAGUAUUUCUAUUUCCCCAACACGUACGUACUUCUCUGUAAAGCAGCAUAUUACCGUUUUAUUUUCAUAUGAUAUAUUUUUGCUUUGCAUGUUUUUACUAACAAAUGAAAGAUGCAAACAUUGAAAUACUUGUAUUCUUUGACUUUUGGUUUGUUUUUAUGUUUUAAAAGGUUUGAAGGAUGUAUUUUAGCCUCGUCUCAAGUGGUGUAUUUAUAAUAAAAGAAGGCGACAUGGAAUUUUAAUGUAACAUCGUACACGAUGUAAAUAAACAGAAAAAAUGCU